CUCGGAUCGCGAGAGCUGCGAGCCCGGCCCCGCUCAGAGCCUCCCGCCAUGGAGCCGAGCCCGGCCGCGCUGCUGCCCCUGGCCGCGCUGCUGCUGGGGUCGGCGGGACGGGACCCCGCCCGGCCGGCGCUCAACCCGGAAAACCUGCUGCUCAUCACAGCGGCCACGGAGCAGACGGAGGGAUACGAGCGGUUCCUGCGCACGGCCCGUCACUUCAACUACACCGUCAAGACCCUGGGGCUGGGCGAGCCGUGGCGUGGGGGUGACGUGGCCCGCACGGUGGGGGGCGGGCAGAAGGUUCGCUGGCUGAAGGAGGAGAUGGCGAAACACGCGGAGCGGGAGGAGCUCGUCGUCAUGUUCGUCGACAGUUACGACGUGCUGCUGGCCGGGGGCCCCCUGGAGCUGCUGCGCAAGUUCCUGGCGUUCGGCAGCCGGGUCGUGUUCUCGGCCGAGGGUUUCUGCUGGCCCGAGUGGGGGCUGGCCGAGCGCUACCCCCCCGUCGGCACCGGCAAGCGCUUCCUCAACUCCGGCGGGGGCAGCCCCCAGGAGGCGGGGCCGGCCGGGCGGGUACCUGACCUCUCCCCGCAGGUUUGUCGGCCGCCGGCCGUGCACGGCCUGGCCCAGCUCUGGAAAUACCAGGACGACGACGACGACCAGCUGUUCUACACCCGCAUCUACCUGGACCCCGGCCUGCGGGAGAAGUUUGGGCUCGCGCUUGACCACAAGUCGAAAAUCUUCCAGAACCUCAAUGGGGCCAUCGACGAGGUGGUGCUGAAGUUCGAGAGGAGCCGGGUCCGUGCCCGGAACGUGGCCUAUGACACCCUCCCUGUCGUCAUCCACGGCAACGGGCCCACCAAGCUGCAGCUGAACUACCUGGGGAAUUACAUCCCGAACCGCUGGACCUACGAGGGGGGCUGCGGGGGCUGCGACCAGGGGCUGCUCGACCUCUCGGGGACCCCGGACGCGGCGCUGCCCCAGGUCCUGGUGGGGGUGUUCGUCGAGCAGCCGACCCCCUUCCUGCCCCAGUUCCUGCAGCGCCUGCUGGGCUGGGACUAUCCCUACGCCCGGCUACGCCUCUUCCUGCACAACCGCGAGGUGUUUCACGAGCCCCACGUGCAGGGGGCCUGGGAGCGGCUCCGUGGGGCCUUCGCCAGCGUCAGGCUGGUGGGGCCGGAGGAGGAGCUGAGCCAGGGCGAGGCCCGGGACAUGGCCAUGGACCUCUGCCGGCAGGCCGACUGCGACUAUUACUUCAGCCUCGACGCCGACGGCCUGACCAACCCGGGGACCCUGCGCGAGCUGAUCCGCCAGUACCGGAAGGUGGUGGCCCCCAUGGUGUCGCGCCCGGGCAAGCUCUGGUCGAAUUUCUGGGGGGCGCUGAGCCCCGAGGGCUACUACGCCCGGGCCGAGGACUACGUGGAGCUGGUGCAGGGCAAGCGGGCUGGGGUGUGGAACGUGCCCUACAUCAGCCAGGCCUACCUGGUGCGCGGGGAGACGCUGCGCUCGGAGCUGCACGACCGGAGCGUCUUCACCCUGGAGGAGACCGACCCCGACAUGGCCUUCUGCAAGAACGUGCGCGAGAGGGGGAUUUUUCUGCACAUCACGAACCUGGAGGAGUUCGGGCACCUGCUCUCCACGGCCAAUUACAACACGUCCCGCCUGCACCCCGACCUCGGGCAGCUCUCGGAGAACCCCCUGGACUGGCAGGAGAAAUACAUCCACGAGAACUACUCCCGGGUGCUGGACGGGGAGCUGGUGGAGCAGCCCUGCCCCGAUGUCUACUGGUUCCCCGUCCUGUCGGAGGCGGCGUGUGACGAGCUGGUGGCGGAAGUGGAGCAUUAUGGGAUAUGGUCCGGAGGGCAGCAUGAGGACGCCCGCCUGGCCGGGGGCUACGAGAACGUCCCGACCGACGACAUUCACCUGAGCCAGCUGGGGCUGGAGGGCGAGUGGCUGCGGUUCCUGCGGGAAUUCGUCGCGCCCGUCACCGAGACGCUGUACCCCGGCUACGCCACCAAGGCCCGGGCCCUGCUGAACUUCGUGGUUCGGUACCGACCCGAGCGGCAGCCGGCGCUGAGACCCCACCACGACUCGUCCACCUUCACCAUCAACAUCGCGCUCAACAGCAAGGGCACCGACUACGAGGGCGGCGGCUGCCGGUUCCUGCGCUACUCCUGCUCCGUCACGGCCCCACGGAAGGGCUGGAGCCUGAUGCACCCGGGGCGCCUGACCCACUUCCACGAGGGGCUCCCCACCACCCGCGGCACCCGCUACAUCCUGGUCUCCUUCGUCGACCCCUAGCCCCGGCCGCGCCCCCCCCGCUGGGCCCUGGGGCGCCCCUCCCCCCGGGGGCCCGGCCUCGGACUCCCCCACCUGCUCGG